GACUGAUACGGAGCUUUUUUGUUUUUCUUUUCGUUUUCCUUUUGUGUCAUAUAAAUAUGUCUUAUUCCGAGGACAGUGGACAUUUUUACACUUUCUGUAAAUAAACUCUGCCCUUUGACCGAUGUGAAAGGAAACAAGGUUUAAAAUGAACGAAGGACUUGAAAACAACUCGACUCAGCUAAAUGACAACUGGACAUUUUACAACUCCUCCGUGGAGUCCGUCGUCCCCAGGAGCAACAUCACCUAUGUUGGAUUUUACCUGCAUCAGCCGUCCACGGCGGCCAUCUUCAUCGUGUCCUACCUGCUGAUUUUCCUUGUGUGCAUGGUGGGAAACGGAGUGGUGUGCUUCAUCGUGCUGAGGAGCAAAAACAUGUGGACUGUUACCAACCUGUUCAUCCUGAACCUCGCCGUGAGUGACCUGCUGGUUGGGAUUUUCUGCAUGCCAACAACACUUCUUGACAACAUAAUUACAGGAUGGCCUUUUGGAAGCUUGGUCUGCAAAAUGAGCGGCAUGGUUCAAGGGAUCUCUGUGUCAGCAUCUGUCUUCACUCUGGUCGCCAUUGCUGUUGACAGAUUCAGAUGCAUCGUCUACCCGUUCAAGCAAAAGCUGACCAUAUCCACAGCCACGCUAAUUAUAGUUAUUAUCUGGGUUCUGGCCAUAUCCAUCAUGUGUCCCUCUGGGGUGAUGCUACAAGUGACCAAGGAGCAAAGCAUUCGUGUGUUGCUGGGCUAUGACAACAAAACGAUUCCUUUUUAUUGGUGCAGAGAGAACUGGCCAAACCAAGACAUGAGGAAGAUUUACACCACAGUCCUGUUUGCCAACAUCUACCUGGCCCCGCUUUCCCUCAUUGUGAUCAUGUACGCCCGGAUUGGAAUUACGCUUUUCAAAACAGCAGUUCCAACAGGAGGAAAGCCGGGCCACGAGAACCGCCACACCGUGUCGAAGAAAAAGCAGCGCGUGAUUAAAAUGCUUCUAAUUGUUGCUUUGCUCUUCAUCCUGUCCUGGCUGCCUCUGUGGACGCUGAUGAUGCUGAGCGACUACGCCCGGCUGACCGAGCAGCAGUACAGAAUCAUCAACAUUUACAUCUACCCCUUUGCCCACUGGCUAGCCUUCUUCAACAGCAGCGUCAACCCCAUCAUCUACGGUUUCUUCAAUGAGAAUUUCCGCAGAGGUUUUCAAGCUGUGUUUAAGUUCAGCCUGUGCACGGCUGAAGGACAGCGGAGGAAAACCUACUCACACAGGCUGCAGGGGAACUCUGUACUCCCUGCAAAUAAUGCACAAACCUCCCUGGAGCCCAUUUCCCUCAACAGCUUGGAAAAGAACACUUCCAGGCGACUCAACCAUGUCACCGAGCAGGAUUUGGUCAUGGAGGACCUGGAAAAGGCAUCGUGCAGUAGCGGUGGUGUGACUGCAGUGUCUAUUUGACAGACAGACACUUUCUUGUACGUGAUGAGCAAAAGUGUUCAAAUCCUAAAUCCUCUGCUGUGCCUAGGAAACCACGAGGCUCACUUUAACAGAAGCGGAUGGUCGUGUGGAAGUUUUCCAAAGAGAUUUCAGUUCUGCUGCAAUUACAAAAAUGUGAAACAGUCAUUUAACUGUGUGACUCAGCAAGUUACACAUCAGUAUUUGCUGCUAAAAUAAAUACACAUCUUUAAAUGAGUAGUGUUAAAGGGAAUCCUCCUUCUCCCCUCUGAGGCACACAGUAUGACAGGACAGGACGUAGUAUUCCUGGUGUCCAGUGCAGAAUUAGUCAGUUAGACUCGGUUGAUACCGCUUUGAUAACAGCCCACUGACUUGCACACAUGAUGCACAGAUGAGUGACAAAUU